AUGUUCUAUUCACACAGCCAGGGACCCAACUGUUCCUCCAUCUUGUUCUCCAUUAAAGCCCCGUGCUAUAGCCAGUCACUGCUCCUCCAUGCCCAGCUCAACUCUGUGGCCAGUCACUGCUCCUCCAUGCCCAGCUCAACUCUGUGGCCAGGCACUGCUCCUUCAUUCCCAGCUCAACUCUGUGGCAAGUCACUGCUACUCCAUGCCCAGCUCAACUCUGUGGCCAGUCACUGCUCCUCCAUGCCCAGCUCAACUCUGUGGCCAGGCACUGCUCCUUCAUUCCCAGCUCAACUCUGUGGCCAGUCACUGCUACUCCAUGCCCAGCUCAACUCUGUGGCCAGUCACUGCUACUCCAUGCCCAGCUCAACUCUGUGGCCAGUCACUGCUCCUCCAUGCCCAGCUCAACUCUGUGGCCAGUCACUGCUCCUCCAUGCCCAGCUCAACUCUGUGGCCAGGCACUGCUCCUUCAUUCCCAGCUCAACUCUGUGGCCAGUCACUGCUACUCCAUGCCCAGCUCAACUCUGUGGCCAGUCACUGCUCCUCCAUGCCCAGCUCAACUCUGUGGCCAGGCACUGCUCCUUCAUUCCCAGCUCAACUCUGUGGCCAGUCACUGCUACUCCAUGCCCAGCUCAACUCUGUGGCCAGUCACUGCUCCUCCAUGCCCAGCUCAACUCUGUGGCCAGUCACUGCUCCUCCAUGCCCAGCUCAACUCUGUGGCCAGUCACUGCUCCUCCAUGCCCAGCUCAACUCUGUAGCCAGUCACUGCCCCUCCAUGCCCAGCUCAACUCUGUGGCCAGUCAAUGCCCCUCCAUGCCCAGCUCAACUCUGUGGACAGUCACUGCUCCUCCAUGCCCAGCUCAACUCUGUGGCCAGUCAAUGCCCCUCCAUGCCCAGCUCAACUCUGUGGCCAGUCACUGCUCCUUCAAGCCCAGCUCAACUCUCUGGCCAGUCACUGCUCCUUCAAGCCCAGCUCAACUCUGUGGCCAGUCACUGCUCCUUCAUGCCCAGCUCAACUCUGUGGCCAGUCACUGCCCCUCCAUGCCCAGCUCAACUCUGUGGCCAGUCACUGCUCCUCCAUGCCCAGCUCAACUCUGUGGCCAGUCACUGCUCCUUCAUGCCCAGCUCAACUCUGUGGCCAGUCACUGCCCCUCCAUGCCCAGCUCAACUCUGUGGCCAGUCACUGCUCCUCCAUGCCCAGCUCAACUCUGUGGCCAGUCACUGCAUGCCUCCAUGCCCAGCAUUCCCAGCUCAACUCUGUGGCCAGUCACUGCUCCUCCAUGCCCAGCUCAACUCUGUGGCCAGUCACUGCUCCUCCAUGCCCAGCUCAACUCUGUGGCCAGUCACUGCUCCUCCAUGCCCAGCUCAACUCUGUGGUCAGUCACUGCUCCUCCAUGCCCAGCUUCAACUCUGUGGCCAGUCACUGCUCCUCCAUGCCCAGCUCAACUCUGUGGCCAGUCACUGCUCCUCCAUGCCCAGCUCAACUCUGUGGUCAGUCACUGCUCCUCCAUGCCCAGCUUCAACUCUGUGGCCAGUCACUGCUCCUCCCCAUGCCCAGCUCAACUCUGUGGCCAGUCACUGCUCCUCCAUGCCCAGCUCAACUCUGUGGCCAGUCACUGCUCCUCCAUGCCCAGCUCAACUCUGUGGCCAGUCACUGCUCCUCCAUGCCCAGCUCAACUCUGUGGCCAGUCACUGCUCCUCCAUGCCCAGCUCAACUCUGUGGCCAGUCACUGCUCCUUCAUGCCCAGCUCAACUCUGUGGCCAGUCACUGCUCCUCCAUUUUGA